AGUGACAUACUAAGAAAACCAGCCGAACAAUCUCAUUUCAGAACUAUAUUUUAGUUUCCGUAAAUGGCAUGCAUUAGAAAUUGGAAGCAGACGGAAUAUGUUUACUAAUUUUGCGCAUGCGUGAUAAGUGGACGGAGCUUUGACAGGAGUUUUGAGACCGGUUUUGCUACUUGUUUUCCGAAUCGCUACGUUGAUAUUUGUGAUUUUUUCGUUAACGAAUGCAUUUUAAAUAUUUCAUCGGUUGUAUGGUGUGUUGCAGCUUGCUGACGAUCCUUUGAAACUUUCUCAGUUUUUGUGAUUUCUGAACUUUGGUAUCAACAAAAUAUUUCUCUAGUAUGAUUGCCGGUAUGAUUUCUCUACAAUGAAUAAAAAAGAAACUACAGAUACUUUCCACUGGUGGUUGGUUUUCUUAGGUGUGACUUUUCUUGGUGCUGCUACACGAUUAUAUAAAAUUGAAGAGCCUGAUCAUGUGUGUUGGGAUGAAACUCAUUUUGGGAAGAUGGCCAGUUGGUACAUCAAUCAUACAUUUUUCUUUGAUGUUCAUCCACCUCUUGCGAAGAUGCUUAUUGGUUUAGCCGGAAAACUAACUGGUUAUAAUGGAACAUUUGCUUUCAACAAACCUGGGGAUAAAUAUGAAGACCACAAUUAUUUAGGAAUGAGACUUUUUUGUGUAUUUCAUGGCAUAUGCAUAAUUCCCUUUUGCUUUUUGAUUGUGUGGGAAAUGACUUAUUCUUUGUCUGCAUCUGCUCUUGCUGCUACCUUCAUCAUUUUUGAUGUAGGAAUGAUAACUUUGUCCCAGUAUAUUCUCCUUGAUCCUAUUCUUAUGUUCUUCAUAAUUGGUUCAGUGUUAGGAAUGGUGAAAUUUCAUUCUCAAAAUCACAGGCCUUUCAGCUUAGCAUGGUGGUUUUGGCUUUCUUGGACAGGAGUGUUUAUGGCUUGUUCUAUUAGUGUGAAGUUUGUCGGACUAUUUGUAAUUGUACUUGUUGGACUUCACACUUUAAAUGACCUGUGGAAUAUAUUGGGAGAUCUUCAAACUCCUAUUAUUGAAGUUGUGAAACAUUUUGUAGCCCGUGCUUUAUGCCUUAUUCUUCUCCCAGCUGUGUUGUACAUUACAUUCUUUUACAUACAUCUCAAGACUUUAUAUAAAAGUGGAUCGGGAGAUGGAUUUUUUAGUUCUGCAUUUCAAUCUCAGCUAGAAGGAAAUUCUUUGUAUCAUGCAAACAUGCCUAAAGAUGUGGCAUAUGGUGCAAUUGUUACAAUAAAAAAUUACAGAACAGGUGGUGGCUAUUUGCAUUCACAUUGGCACCUUUAUCCAGAGAGUGUUGGUGCACGUCAACAGCAAGUAACAGCAUAUUCUCAUAAAGAUGAGAAUAACAAAUGGAUGAUAAAGAAGUUUGAUUAUGAGCCAAAUUUAUCUUCAAAUGAUACUCCAGUUGAAAUAGUUAUGAAUGGGGAUUUAAUUCGUCUGGAGCAUGUUGUUACUAGAAGAAACCUUCAUAGUCACAAGGAAGCUGCUCCUAUUACCAAAAGACAUCAACAAGUUACAUGCUAUGGUGAAAAUGGUACUGGAGAUGCUAAUGAUAUCUGGAAGAUAGAAAUUAUAGGGGACGACAGAAAAACACCAAUUUCAACUGUCACAAGUAAACUGCGUUUAAUUCACUAUUUGACUGGUUGUGCCUUGCAUUCUGAUUCAAAACAGCUACCAAAAUGGGGAUAUGAGCAGAUGGAAGUUUCUUGCAAUCCAAAUUUGCGGGACUCAAAUAAUUUGUGGAAUGUUGAAGAUAAUUACUUCCCAAAAUUGCCAAAUGUUAGUUUUGAAGUUUAUGCUCCAAGUUUUUUGGAACGCUUCUUAGAAUCCCAUGCUGUCAUGUUUCAGGGUAAUUCAGGAUUGAAGCCAAAAGAAGGAGAAAUUACAUCAAGACCAUGGCAGUGGCCCAUUAAUUUAAGAGGGCAGUUCUUUUCUGGUCAGCAACUUCGUAUUUAUUUGUUAGGAAACCCAAUUAUAUGGUGGGCCAACUUGAUUUUGCUUCAAAUAUUUUUCAUUUUAAAGCUUGUUUUUUCAGUGUUGGAACAACGAGGUUUGCAACUUUCACCUUUGUUAAAAGAAUUAAGUAAUAAAACAAUCAAUGCUUCAUUUUGGUUGUUUUUGGGAUGGGCAUUGCAUUAUCUGCCAUUUUUUGCUAUGAGCCGCGUGUUAUAUUUUCAUCACUAUUUCCCAGCCCUAAUUUUUAAUUCUAUGUUAUCAGCUGUUAUUCUGAAUUAUUUAACGAAUGUAAUUCAUCAUUUUCUACCCGAUUCUAUGGCGAAACUCAUUCAACAUUUAAUACUUGGUUUGACAUUAGCAUGUGUUGUAUACAGCUUCAUUUUAUUCAGUCCACUGGCAUAUGGAAUGGACAAUUCUGCUGCUGCUAACAGUUCAACAAGCAGGAUAAAAUGGUUAGAUUCAUGGGAGUUCUAAUUUUAUUUUGUAAUUUAAAUAAAAAGAUUCUUUUAAUAAAAAAAAACUGCAAUGAAA